CCACCGCCACCACCGCCGUCGUCGUCAACCCCGCUCGCCGCGGAAGGGACACCACCGCCGCCGCCACUCGGCGAGAGGCCCGCCCCCAUCGGCCGAACGAGCAGCAACGCCAAGGCCUUCGAGGAGAAGGCGCGCGCCAAGGGCCGAGCGCAGGGCCUCAAGCCGGGCGAGGUGAAGGUGCACCGGCUCGAGAUCAAGCACGUCCUCUUCGACGAGCCCCCGAGCCUGGACAUCGACGCGCUGGCGCAGCGGACCACCUCCAUCUUCAUCGACGGCGGCAGCAGUUCCCCGCGCACCGACGGUGUGGCCGCGGCACCGCCACCGAUGUCCCCGUCGACGCCCGUCGCCCCGGCCGGCAACAAGGUGACGAUCAGCGUGGGCGGCGCGAGUCCGGCCGGCGACAUCGACUACCAGUCCGUGUCGUUCGCGAGGACAUGCACGCGCGCCCCGACGACCCCCUCGACCCCGGCGACCCCGGUGCAGCCCGUCGUCAUCCCCGUCGCCCACCAGAACCACUGCAGUCGUGUCGAGAUCGGAGACCAAAGCGACGAGAAGCGGACGAGCACCAAGAUGACUGUCAGGAUCGGGCUGGCUGCGGACGCGUCGGACGUCGUCCUAAGAUCGACGCCGCAAUCACCUGCGACCCCGGGCACUCCGUUGACCCCGACAACCCCAGUACCCCUGGCAACCCCAUCAACCCCGGCAACCCCAAAGACCCCGGCGACACCAACCCGGACAGCACCAGCGAUACCGGAGCCGACUGUGGACACCCUGGUAACGCCCAGCCGGAAGCGGGUGGAGCCCAACGAGACCAUCAACCUGCUGAUCGCCGAGAGCGUGGACCCGGUGGACGCGGUGCGCCGCAACCUGGUGCCGCACGUGUGCGGCGGCACGUCGUCCGCCUCGGCCACGCCGACGCCGCCCUGCUCGGCCACGAGCAGCCGCAGCAACAGCUUCGACGAGUCGGACGCGGAGCACAAGCAGCUGCAGCGCAAGUCGUCGUCGUCCUCGACGGCCUCGCGGGGCAAGUCGGGCGCAGACAUCAUGCGCGAGGUGCUGAGCCUCCGUCACGACGCGGAGCACGCCGCCAGGACGGAGCGCGAGGAGGGCCGCUCCAAGUUCUACGUGUGGGUGGACACGGAGAACAGCGCCGAGGACGACGUGACCGUGAUGGUGGGCAAGGACGACUUCAACCACUACGAGAUGAUCCGCGACCCCAUCUACGAGGAGAUCACCGACCACGACGACCACGAGGACGAGGACGUGCCGCCGCCCCUGCCGCUGUCGCCGCCGCCGCUCGAGGACAAGAUGGCGUGCUGCAGGUCCAUCUUCGAGGGCGCCUCCAAGGACGACAUCCUGAGCUACCUGGUGGACGCCCGCGACCGGGGCAUCGUGCCCGCCUCCUCCGAGGAGAUGUACUUCGGCGGCGGCGGCUCCACGGGGCUCUGCGAGGAGGGCGACGAUUCUGAGGGCUCGCAGCCGCAGCACUCGCGGCAGACGUCGCUCGACCUCACCGAGAUCAGCUCGCGGGUGUCGCAGCUCAGCAACACGAGCGACUCGAGCGAGGACUCCGUCAACCUCAUGGCCGCGGACGCGCACGAAGACAGUAAGGUGCGCCGCGCCGCGGCCGACAUCGAGCGCAACGACUCGGGCGUGGGCUCGGAGACGUCGCGGACCUCGAGGGCGCGGUGGCAGCAGCUGCCCGCCGACCAGCGCGACCAGCGCCACGGCUGCGAGGACUGCGAGAUGCCCGUGGAGACGCAGGUCACCGACAGCGGGCUCAUGUUUGCGCCUCUCGUGUGCCGGAAGUGCGCCAAGCGGCGCCUGGAGCGGCGCGAGAUCAUCCAGGAGAUCGUCGAGACGGAGGAGAAGUUUGCCGGCGACCUCCGGAUUCUGCUGGACGAGUUCUACAAGCCCAUGCUGGUGGCCGGUCUACUCGCCCGGGAGCAG